CAGUAUAUCGCCUUUGCUUCCCUGUUCUUCAUUCUCAUCUCCAUCACAACGUUUUGCCUUGAGACCCACGAGGCAUUCAAUAAGAUCAUCAACAAGACUGAGACCACCACACAAAACAACGUCACCAAGACGGAGAUUACACUAGAAGUGGAGACUGAACCUUUUCUCACAUAUGUAGAAGGCAUGUGCGUGAUAUGGUUCACGUUUGAGUUUCUGAUGCGUGUUUUGUUCUGCCCUGAUAAAAUGGAAUUCAUUAAGAGCAGCUUGAAUAUUAUAGACUUUGUGGCCAUCUUACCUUUCUACCUGGAGGUCGGCUUGAGUGGCCUGUCUUCCAAAGCAGCCAAGGAUGUCCUCGGUUUUCUUCGAGUUGUCCGAUUUGUCAGGAUCCUGAGAAUCUUUAAGCUCACUCGUCAUUUUGUUGGGCUCCGAGUCCUUGGCCACACUCUACGAGCCAGUACAAAUGAGUUUCUCCUCCUUAUCAUAUUCUUGGCACUUGGGGUUUUAAUUUUUGCCACCAUGAUAUACUAUGCGGAGAGGAUCGGGGCAGAGCCAGGUGACAUUACUGGCAGUGCACACACCAACUUCAAAAACAUCCCCAUAGGGUUUUGGUGGGCUGUGGUAACAAUGACAACUUUGGGGUAUGGGGACAUGUAUCCAGUGACCUGGUCAGGCAUGUUGGUGGGUGCCCUAUGUGCGUUGGCAGGUGUGCUAACAAUUGCUAUGCCAGUCCCCGUCAUUGUCAACAAUUUUGGAAUGUACUACUCCCUAGCUAUGGCUAAGCAGAAGCUACCAAAGAAAAAGAACAAACAUAUUCCGCGGGCACCUCAACCUGGAUCACCUAAUUACUGUAAACCAGACAUGCAAUCUCCCCAUAGAAGUGCUCCAGGAGAUUCCUGUCCCUUAGCUCAGGAGGAAAUCAUUGAGAUCAACAGAGCAGGUAAGAUUGUAUGA